AAUAACCCACUUCUCUUCGUAAAAAUCAAUUCAUAAUUCAGCAAACAAUGACAGAAAAUAGGGUUUAUGGCGUUCCGGCGCCGGAAAAUAACCGAGUUAAGCAACCAGGUGCCCUAAUGCCAGUACGUUUCAACACCUACCUUCUCCGGAGAUACUUCGUCCGCGAUCACGGCAUAGCUCUCUCUUUACCACCCGGAGAGCUUGAUGGAGCUUCGAUCUUCAUGCCCAUUGGUGAUUCACAACAAGUCCUCGAUAUAGGAAAAACGCUACAGAGCAAAACGAUGACGGCCAUCGGAGUUCCAGAGUCCGAACAUCUCGAGAUUAUGGAGAAAAUCGAGUCAGAAUUGAGAAAAAAUAAUAAUAUCAGUCGGAUUAUAGUUGACGUAUGGAUUCCGACUUGGCAAGAAUGUGAUUAUGAUGAUUAUUUAACGUUGUCAAGAGCUUAUGAAGGUGAUGAUGAACUAGUGAUAAUUAGUAGAGAUGAUGAACUAUUUUCAUCUCCGGCUACUGAAUCAUCUGUUGAUGCCUUGGAGAAAUUUGUGGUUGUUGAGGAUGAUGAUCGUGUUGAAUGUAGGGUUUGUCUCGAAGCGAUUGAGGUUAGCGAGUCGGCGAUUCGGAUGCCAUGUUUGCAUGUUUAUCAUCAGAAUUGUAUUGUUAAGUGGCUGCAUCAGAGGCAUUCUUGUCCGAUUUGCCGGCAUGAGUUGCCUGCUGAAUUAGGGUUUGAAGAUGAUAUGGAAGAGUAGCUUUUUGUACUUUAGAGUAGUUUUGUUUGUUCAAACUGUGUGAUUUUUUUACUUAAUGUGAAUUAGAAUUUUAGAUAUUAACA